UUCCCCGCCCCGCAAGAGAACAAAGAAGAACCCGCGCGAGUGCAAACAAACCAAAGAGAAGAUUCCCACUUAGGUUUGGUGAGACCUCCCAUAAAACCCCCCACGAAAUCCAUCAAUCUCACGCACCAGCGCCGCACGUUAUAAGCCCCAGCCAACCCCGGCCUCGGCUCGUUCGUUCGCUGGCGGCGUCAGCAUCAUCUCCCCAUCACCGCAAAGUUCCAGAGCACGUCGUCCAUGCCAGGCAUCAUGGCGCGGCGCCACCACCAGGGGUUGGGGUUUUAACUGAGACGAACCGAGCGUUUCUAACGAGGAGGGGAAGUACGCGGCGCAGCACGGCGGGGCGAUGGGGUGCAAGGGGUCCAAGCUGGACGAGCAGGAGGCCGUGGCGCUGUGCCGGGGCCGCGCCGACCUUCUCGCGGCGGCCGUGCGGCACCGCUACGCGCUCGCGGAUGCGCACGCCGCGCUCGCCGACUCGCUCGCGUCCGUGGCCGCGGCGCUCCACCUCCUCAUGACCGCCCAGCCGCGGCUCGGGCUCCCCACCGCGCGCAAGGACGUCGACGCGCCGCCGCCCUCAUCGCCGCCGCACUCCUCGUCGCACAUCAACUUCGCGCCCUCCUCCGGGUCCGAGUCCGGCUCCGUGUCCUCCUCGCCUCACCGCUCCGUCGGCCAACAGCAACUCCACCAGCCGCACCCGCACCCGGACCGUCUCCCGUUCCCGCAUUACGGGUACGGCGGCUACGGGUACGCGCCCGAGCCCCCUUUCGGUGGGUACCCGCCGGGAUCGCUGCGGCUCUACUACGCGCGGAGCCGCCUGCCCCCGGCCUCCGUCGCCGUCGAGCAGCGUGCGGCGGCACCGGAGCGCGUGUACUACGGUUCCUUCGAACCGGCGGCGGGUGGGUACUCCCAGUAUUACUCGUACGGCGGCGAGCUGGCGGCAGCUGGUAGGGCGGCUGCGCCGCCGCCGCCGUCGCCGCCGAGGGCGAGUUCGUGGGACUUCUUCAAUGUGUUUGAUGACUAUGACGUGUACGACAACUACUGUUACGAUGCCGGCGGCGCUGGGGCUGCAGCAUCGUACACGCCGAGCCGGAGCUCGCGGGAGGUGCGGGAUGAGGAGGGCAUCCCAGAGCUGGAGGAGGAUGACGUCGUUGUCAAGCAGGUGGCCAGCGAGUUCUCCACUCCCGGGAGUGGCGCCCGCAGCCGACGCAGCUCGCUCAGCGGCGUUAGCAGUAGCAUUGCCGAAGUCGACGAAGAGGAGAAUUGUGUCGUCGAUAAGGAAGUGAUUGGCAGGGGCAACGUGGCGCGCCAACAGGCUUCGGCGCAGCGUAAUGUCACUGUGUCUGCGCCGACUGCCUGGAGGAACGUUGGGAGUACAGACGUUGCCGCCGAGAUCAAAGCGCAGUUUGUUAGAGCAGCAGACGCCGUCAAGGUGCUUGUGCCGAUUCUUGAGGUUGGGAGGCGGAGGUACCAUCCCCGGAGCUCAGUGUACCAUGUUUCAUCUCGGAUGGUGUCAGCGAUUACCGUGCCGCAUUCAGACCUUGGAGGCGUCGAGCUUUUGGAUGUUGGAGGGGAGAAGGUGGUGGGAGAAAGGAGCUUGUCUUUCACGCUGCAGAAGCUCUAUAUUUGGGAGAAGAAGUUGUAUGACGAGGUUAAGGCUGAAGAGAAAAUGCGUCUGCUGCUUGCGAAGAAUACAAAGCGGCUGAAGUUCUUGGAUCAAAAAGGCGCUGAAGCGCACAAGAUUGACACAACGCGAAAUUUGGUCAGGAAGCUAUCUACAAAAAUAAGAAUAACUGUAAAAGUAAUUGCUAAGAUUUCCAAAAAGAUAAACAGAGUAAGGGAUGAGGAAUUGUGGCCACAAAUUAAUGCCUUAGUCCAAGGGUUUGUGAGAAUGUGGCAAGAUAAGCUUAACUGCUACCAGAUACAGUGUGAAGUUAUGUCAGAGGCAAAAAACUUGGAUUCAAUUGUUUCCGGUGGAAGCAGUCGAGAUUUGGCAUUGGAGCUUGAGCUAGAGCUGAUCAAAUGGAUUGUCAAUUUUUGCUGCUGGGUGAAUGAACAGAAGAGCUUCGUCAAAGCGCUGAAUGGAUGGCUGGCACUUUGUCUUAACUACAAGGCUGAAGAAACAGCUGAUGGAGUUCCUCCUUAUUCGCCUGGAAGAGUGGGUGCUCCCCUUGUAUUCGUCAUCUGCAACAGCUGGUCUCAAGCUAUGGAUCGGAUUUCUGAGAAAGAAGUGGUUACCUCUAUGCAAGCUCUUGUGUCUUCUGUACGGAAGCUAUCGGAGCAACACAACGUUGAACAGACGGAACAGAUCAUUGCAACGCGGGAAAGAGAAAGAUGGAAUAAGAUACUGGAAAGGAAGACCUUAGAGAUUAACAAGGAAGCAGAUGCGCUGAACAAGAAGCUGGCCCUGGUACCAGGCCGGCAAAGCCUGCUUCCAAGCGCACGUACAUACCAGGAACAUCUUCUUGAAGCAAGCAGUUUACAUACUAGUUUGGGGCGUGUUGUUCAAGCCCUAGAAAGCUUCGCUUCCAAUUCCCUGCGAGCUUUCGAGGAGACCCUGAGACAUGCUGAAGAGGAAAGGUCGUCCAGAGACAACGCGAAGGUUUCAUAGUCUGGUGCUGCUGCAUCUGACAGUGAACAGGAUUGUAACAGUACGAGUAUGUUGUCACCAGGUAAUAUACUAGGCAAAUGCUGCUCACAGAGAAAAAAUUUGGCGGCGCAAUCCUGACUUCUGACUUUUGCUAAUUGACAGAGGCUUGCCAAUGUAGUUCAGGCAAAAGUCUCGUCGUCGUCCGUCAGAGUAGGUUCUAUACGUAGCAGCAGGUUCAUAUAGGAGUACCCGUUUUGGUGGUGGUAUGCUUACGCGGUGCACUAGGUUUGUAUGUUAUUUGCCUUCUUGCCUCAUGCCAAUAUAGCUGAAUCCUUGAGUGCGCAAUUGAAGAACAAUAUUUUGUUCUUGGAAUGCAGUGUU